ACACAAACGGCUUCAAUCACACAAGAAAUCGCUGAUCGUUCACGAUUUGGAGGGGUGAACGGUAGGCGAAAAACCAUUUAGCACGACUCGUUUUGGCUGCAUUCCGCUUGAUACCGUCAGACGCAACGGAUUGAAGCUGCAUCCCACCAGAGUUUAAGUCCAUUUUUUUGCAUUUAGAAGUGACUUUAUUGUAACCAAAACCUACAACCAUGAAGCAAUCACUGGCGGCGAUCUUAAUUCUGGCGGCAUUCGCUGCAAAUGUACAAGCGGUUACGGUGGAUGUCUACUAUGCCCAUCUUUGCCCGGACAGUGUGCGCUUCGUACAGGAUCAGCUUCUGACAUUGAAUCCGACACUUCUCAACGCCAUCACCCUUGACUUCAUUCCCUUCGGCAAGGCACAGAGUGUCAACAAUGGCCAAAGUUUCAUUUGCCAGCACGGCCCUGCAGAAUGCGAGGGAAAUCGUGUACAAUCGUGUGUUCUCAGUUUGCUGCCAAACCAGCCGGCUAAGGUGAACUACGUCGGAUGCCAGAUGAGCUUCACUGCUGAUCCACGUGGAUGGGAGUGCGCCUUCCGUUCGGGAGUUAAUCUUAAUGCUGCCGAAGCAUGUGUUGAAGGUACACAGGGAACGACACUUCAACUCGAGGCGGAACGUCGUACGCAGCUGAUCGCACCAGCGUUCAUUCCAACCAUCGUGUUCAACGGACAAUUUGACCAGGGUCUUCAAGAUCGCUCUCUGACUGACUUUGCUGGCAUUAUUUGCGAACUUGCUGGACUCUCCGGUGUGGGUUGUUAAACUCUACUGUUUUUUUUAUAUUACAACCAACUUGACGAAUUUGUGAUUAACGUUAAGAAAGUCAAUGUAUCUGAACCAGACGCGAAAAAUUCACAAGAAAUACAUUAUCAGUGAACUUAAACAAAA